AUGCGUUACUCAAUAACAUCUGGGAUGGUACUGGCCGCCAUGUCCAUUGGCGAAGCCGUGGCUGGUCCAACUCACGCUCAUUUCCAUCGACGAGCCCAUGAGCUCGAGAAGAAGACCGACUGGAACGAUGCCGCAAACUACAAAGGUGUUGACUUCGCCGCAGCAUACGCAGAAGGCGUAGCCUCCAAGGCUAGUAGUGCUGUUGCUGCCGUAGCCUCUACGGCCGCUGUGGUAGAGAAGGUUGCCAAAGUGACUGCUGCAUCCGUCGCUUCUUCAUCUGCUACUAAGAGCAGUGUCGCUUCCUCGGCAGCAGCCUCAUCAAGCUCUUCCAGCUCCACUGGGUCGACUGGUGCCGCUGGAGGGUUCGUGGGCCUCUCCAACGGUCGCACAUCUUUCGGGGUUGCCACUACACCCUUUGGUGGCUCGGACGAACUGGCCGUUGGAAACAUUGGCUGGCCGCAGGGUUCCAACAUCAUCGCGGUCUCCAGCACCGACGGCUUCCCAAUAACCAAUAACUUUAUCAAUACCUCCGGCAAGUCAAUGACCAUCGCCUGCUGGAACAAUGCCGGAUAUGAGGGAACAGACAACUCUACCCUCCUGUCGGAUCCUAGUGGAAAUGCGCUCAAGGGCACAUCCCUCGCCCCCACGCAAUCUGCUCUGACCUUCACCCUUGGAGCAGGUGAAAGUCAACUGGUGGCUUUCCAGGACAAGACAGACGGUGCUUGCGCAGAGGCUACCUCCACUGCUGGUAUAAACAUGGGCUUUGGUACAUCCUGGAUCGAAUUGAAGCUGUACCUCUCUGGAGGUGGAUAUGAUCUUUCAUCGAUCCAAAACCCCAGCGGCAACAAGUACCAGGCAACUAUCACCAGCGAUAACAGACCGGAUUGCACGAGCGACCCGACCCAGAACAUGUGGUUCAACGACAACGUCCUCACCGGCUGGUUGAAGGACAUUACUGGGCUUGCUCAGGAUGGUAGCUGCUACGUCACACCGACCACCAGCAUACGCCUCACAACCAAGAUGGGAGGAAGCAUUUAA